AUGGCCACGGGUAUUGCCACGCCAGACGCAGAUGCGGUACGAAGUGGCCACAACAGACCUGACCAGCAGCUGGUCGCGCCUGGUCGCUCAAGCCGGAAACGGCGCCAUUCUGCGAAAUGCGAGGCCGAAGACAUAGCAAACGGCCGGCGAAAGAGUCGAAGAAUACUGGAGAGCACGAACCAACGUCCGCCCCACGCAUCCACGGAGCACACUAAGUCUGCUCGCCAAAACCCGCGAUUACAAGGAACACAAUCCACGAAGUUACAACAAACAGCGAAAGGAGGACAAACACGCGCAUCAAAUCCGCGGAGGGAAGGAGUGAAGCAAUACCCUGAGGAGCAGGAAAUCCAAUUCGAGGCGUCACCAAGACUACGCAAAAGCCCUGAGAAGCGUUGUUACGAAAAUAACGGAGACGACCCGAAUCACCAAGCGAAACGUCCGAGACGCGGACCAACCCAAUACACCGAGUCUAGAAACAUAUCUCCGGAGAAGGAAGAUUCCAUUCAACGCUGGUUGGAAGACUCCUCCUGGUCUCGCAGAGUCUCGACAGAGCAUCGGCCUAGGCUGUCUGAGCCAGUGAUCAAGAUGGCAUGCAAAGCCGCGCCCGUCCUUCCGUUUUCAGUCAACAGCAUUGAAACCACCACAUCAACGUCAAGAAAGUCCGACAAACCCACCGCCAAUGUGCAUGGCAUGGAUUAUCGGGACUUUUUGGGUUAUCGUAACAUUUACAUUGAAUCUCAGAGUCCCCCAAUUGAAUUGAUGCUUCGAGCCAACCGAAUUAUUUCACGCCAACGACUGUCACCCGAAAUGGAUGAUGCAAUAGUCCAAAAGGUGAAAGAAAAUGCUCGUAAGCUUCAGAAUGAGGCCGAGGAUAAAAUCAUCAAACAACUUGCCCCACAUAUCAUUCCGGCCAUGACUGAGAUCCCCGACCAGAGGUUGGAAAUGAACACUGAUCAGCGGUGGUUCAACCCUGUCCCUAUACCACUCGAUGCCUCUAUCCUGACUGACCCGCUUCCUCUGCCAAAACCUAAACCUAACCUCGUCUUUGGAUAUUCCAAAACGGCCUUCACUCGUAACCAACUUGGAACAAUUGAUCUUCUCCUCGACGAUCAUUUCGGCCGAAGCUACGCUCUUCCGGACCAGAAGAUUCGGUUUCCUUUUCUACAAGUCGAAUUCAAGUCACAGGCCAAAAAUGGAACCCAUUAUAUCGCAGCAAAUCAGGCUGCUGGUGCUGGUGCUAUCGCCUUAAACGGCAAUAUGGACCUUAUUCGGCGCAGUUUUGGUAUAGACAAAUUCGAUUACGAAGAACCACAGUAUUUCUCUAUAUCAAUGGAUCACGAACUUGCCCGAAUUAAUGUACAUUGGCUGGGAGCACCGAAUGACGGUGGACAACAUAGCUUUCACGUCGAAGGGCUGUCAAAACAUCUGUUGGACGACGAAAAGGGGAUACGAGCACUUUCUCGAGCGAUCAAAAAUAUUCUUGACAAUGGUGCUGAUAAGCAACUGCGAACACUCUCCGACGCACUCGAUGAAUACCGAGACACAGUGGUUCGCAACAGAACAACAGUAAAUCCUCGGAGAGAAAGGAAUAUAAGCUCAUACACGAACCACUGA